AUGUGGCUCUUCCAGAGGAUCCAGUACCAGAGAGACUUGGAUGUGGUCCUCUUUGGCGCAGUGAUCACGGCCUGCGCUGCCUCGGGGGGGAGGUACUGGCAGCUUGCCUUGUGCCUCCUCCAGCGCACGGCGUCUCGUGGCCUCCGCGCCAGCACGGAACUCCUGGGCGCUUGUUUGGAGUACCGUGGGUAUCGAUUUCCAGACUCAGCUCUGCGUUGGACUGGAGAGAAAGCACCCCUACUGCCUGCAAAAAUGGCCGCCGUGAUCUCGGAGCUGAACCACGGAAAGCUCGUGGACAUCCCCAAGAAGGCUGGGAUGCGAAACAUCCAGCUCCUCAUGGACGAGGACAUGCUCAACCGCUACCAAGCCAAGUGUGAGACGUGGUUCGCCAACUACCUUGGAAUGAAGUACGCCCUGUCGCUGAACAGCGGGGGCAUUGCCAUCAGCCUCGGUCUUGAAGCCAUGAAGCGUGUUCUUUUUCCAGAUGACACGGUCGAUCAGAUUCGCGUGUACUCCAACGCCUUCACUUUCAACGCUGUGCCCUCCGCCUGUAUGGUGGCAGGCUUCCGCAAUACCUUGAAGCUGAUUGAGGCGACACCGGAGCUGGUGAUCGACUUGGAUCACCUUGAGGCCUGCAUCAAGGACGACUUAGAGUCCGGCAAAUUCGCGCCGGGAAAGAUGAUCCUGGUCCUCUCGUAUAUGCGGGGCCGCGUUCCUGACAUGCACCGCGUUUUGGACAUCUGCGAGAAGUACCAGGUACAGCUCCUGGAGGACUCUGCCCACGGCUAUGGCUGCUCUUUUGAUGGGCGCAAGUGCGGCUCCUUUGGCGUUGUCAGCACAAUCUCGUCCCAGGCCAACAAGCUCGUCAAUACCGGCGAGGGGGGCAUGGUGUUUACAAACAACGACGAGAUCCAAGCUUUCUUCAUCUUCUCCGCGGGAAGCUAUGAGGAGCUCUGGAAGAAGCAUGAGGCCCUCGCGCCGCCCGAGGACGUCUGCCUUCGAUACAAGUACACCACUGUGAACAAGUCCGUCCGCAUGACCAACAUUCAGGGGGCCCUUAUGCAUCCCCAGCUGGCGGUGAUGAAUGAGCGCAUCGACCAGCACAACGAGAUGUACUACUAUCUCGUGAGGACGACCUCCGAGAAGCUGGAGGAGGUCUGCGGUAAAGAGGCCAGCAAGCGAAUCGAGUUCAUCCCACAGUCUCAUAGCCUCGUCGGCCCCGUCUACGACUCGCUGCAGAUCCGCAUCCUGGGCGAAGACGGCCGGCCCUGCACGGAAGAGCUUCCAGGCCUGGCUGUCUUCCUCAAAGAGCUCCAGGGGCGCAAGCACUCCAUCGCCAAGUUCUCCGACCCCGCCAACGCGCGAAACUUCAUGUCCUGGCAGUAUAUGAAGCUUGGUGGCCCACAGAAGGCAGAGGCCAUCCAUCCGGAUGUGCUGCCGCAGACGAGGCGGGUGCUCACCAACGUCUGCGACCUUCGGUUGCUGUGUCAUGACACCGAGCAGGAGAUGACGAAGAUGGCCACCGACUUGGCUGAAUGCUUCAAGCUCAGCUUCGUUUAA